CGCGAACACACCGCAUGGCAGACGGUCAGGCUCGCGUUUUGCCCUCGGCAUGGACGUCGCUCGACACCGCAGGCAGCAUGCAGGAAGCCCAGGAUGCGCUUGAGGCAUACAGGAAGAAGGACCCCAACAAAGUCGUCGUGCGGUUCAAGGCGGUCGGGAAUGCGCCGAUCAUGAAGCAGAAUUUCUACAAGAUCACCGCGUCGAAUAGAUUCCAGGCGGUGAUCCAGUUCUUGAGGAAGGAGUUGGGGUGGAAGGCUGGGGACCCGCUGUUCACGUACAUCAACCUUGCGUUCUCUCCCGCGCCGGAUGACACCGUGACGAACUUGUUUAAGUCAUUCGCGACAGAUGGUCAUCUAAUAGUGAACUAUAGUACAACUGCAGCAUGGGGCUGAUGCUUGUGUCUUUAAUGUAUAUACCCUUCGUAGGAAGGCUUCGUGAAGCAUUCAUGCUACUGCCUCGUUGGCAUGCGAACCUAAGGGAGGGGCCGACAUUCAUGGGAGACGAGUUGAGCUAUAUAUCAUUUGGUCGAGUGCACUCCCGUUCUGCGAGAAUACCUAUCACUCAUGACGCAGUCAUCUCGCCCGCUUUCGGUCAUUCUAUUGUCCCAGAUCAGCUUAUGCACACGAAAUCAGAAACAGCAGGUCCCUCCU